AACAAGAUGGUAAAUAGUAAUAAAUCGAUUCCAUCGUACGAGAAAGCAUUGAACGAUGAGUUUCAAAAAAUAUAUCAGGAAUUAUCCCAGUUAAAGAAUAAUCGAAAUAAAUAUAUUAAUUCUAAACAAGUUUAUAUAAUUUAUGAUUCCUUUUUAUCAUUAUUACAUGAUUUGACCUUAACAAGAAAAGAUGAAGAAUUGAAAGGAAUAAGUUUGUCUAUACCCAAUGGGAAUGAUUUAAUAAUCGAUGAUAUCUGGCAAUUAUUAUCAUUAUGUUUCUUAACUUGUGGAUUAAUUAAAUUUGCUCCAGCAACUUAUUCGUCAUUAAGUACAGUUAAUAAGUUAUUGAGCCAUUUAAAAGAGUGUCAAGUGUAUACCAUGGAGGAUUUAAGACCAAUCAAAGAACGGUUAGAUAAUAUUAAAGAAAUUAUUAGUAAUAGUGAAACUCAAACUAUUGAAGAAGCACAAGAGGAAGAAGAAUUUCAAAUAGCAAAUGGAGAAAAAAAAAUUAUUGAUGAUAAUGGAGAUGAACAUUCAAUUAUAUCUCAUAAAAGAGAAGAAAGUUUAUUAUUAAGAAAUAAAUUGAAUAAGUGUCAACAAGUGUAUAAUGAAUUAGAAGAAAGUUUUAAAUCAAUACCAUCCGAUUUGAAACCUUUUUUCAAUGAAUUAAUUAAAAUUAGGAAAAGUUUGUUAAAUUAUUUAACCAAUGACAUUAAUAAAUCAAAAGAUGUCACCCCAGUACCAGAAUCCACCGAAAAUCCAAUUACUCAAUAUUCAAAUGAAAAACUGAUUAAAGGUAAUGAAUUAUCUAAAAAAUUAAACGAAUUGAAAACCCAAUUGAAAAUAAUUGAAUCCAAAAGAAAUGAAGAUGGGAAAUUCACUAGUGAAGUUGGUACUGAAAAACAAUUAAAAUAUUCCCAAAUGAUUUUAAAUGGUUUAUUAGAUGAUUGUAAUAAUUUAAUUAAUGAUGUUUCAAUUCAACAGGAAUCAAGUGACAUAUCAUUAUUAUUUCAAUCAUUAUCAACUAACGAUGAUGAAUAUAUUGAAAUGUUUAAAAAAUUAUAUAACCAAUUAAUCGAAUUAAAAUUAACUUUAGAAAAUUUAUUAAUAACUCGUCGUUGGACAAUGAGAGAAACUGAUUUAUACAAUUAUCAAAAAUCUCUUAAAGUUAUAGAUGAUGAUAGAAUUCAACUCAAUAAUAAAAUCAAUUCAAAACCUUCAUCAUCGAAAAAUAUUAAAAGAUUACAAAUUUUAAUAUUAUAUUUGUUAAGAAGAUGUUAUUCUUUAAUCUAUAAAUUAUUAGAAAGUUCAGAACCGGUUUCUGAAUCUUUACAACCAAUCCAUAAUCAAUUAUCAACUGUUCGUCGAUGCUUAUUAGAAAUUAAAAGAAUUGAUGGCUUAAAUAAUUUAAGAGAAUUAUAUCCCUUUCAAUUUAAAUUGGCGUCCUUAGAUAACUUGAGAAGUGAUGGGAAAUUUAUUAUAAAUAAUCAAAUUCCCGAAGGUCAAGGUACUUUAAAUGCUUUAUUAGCUGAAUGUUUUGAUAUAAUUCAUGAAUUGAAAAUUGAACUAGAAGAAAAAGAAGAACAAAUCGACGACGAUGAAACCGAUCCAAAACCUUAUACUACUCCCAACUCUAAAAAUGACCUUGAUAAUAUAACCGAUGAUGAAGACAUUAAUCCCGAUGAUGAAGUUGAAUUAAAAAGAAAUCGUUAUGUUGGAUUUAAUGAAGCAGAUUACGAUCAAGAUAGUGAAAGCGAUUUCGAUGCAGAAGAUGAUGCUUCGAUCUCUGAAUACGAAGAUAAUGAUUACUAUUAAAUAGGUUUAUUUAUACUUUAUACUGU